AUGGCUGGAGCGAACGUGAGGGUGUUGGUGCCAAUUGGGACCGGCUCGGAGGAGAUGGAGGCGGUCAUCACCAUCGACGUCCUGCGCCGUGCGGGCGCCGAGGUUACGGUGGCUUCUGUAGAGGAUGACCUGACAGUGGUGUGCUCCCGGCAAGUGAGGCUGGUGGCGGACAAGAGUAUCAAGGACUGCGCCGGGGACUGGGACCUGAUAGCGCUACCGGGCGGCAUGCCGGGGGCGGAGCGGCUGCGCGACUCUGCUGCGCUUACCGAGCUGGUGGCCAAGCAGAAGGCAGCCAACAAGCUGCACGCCGCCAUUUGCGCAACGCCCGCAGUGGCAUUUGAGCCUCAGGGCGUGCUGGCUGGCAAGAAGGCCACCGCGCACCCCGCAUUUUCCGCCAAGCUGACAAACCAGGCUGCCGUGGAGCAGCGAGUGGUGGUGGACGGCAAGCUGGUGACCAGCAGGGGCCCGGGCACUGCGUUUGAGUUUGCGUUGGCGCUGGUCAAGAUGCUUUACGGCGAGGAGAAGAUGAGGGAGGUUGCGGGGCCCAUGGUCAUGGCAGACGGCUACGACAAGGCUCUGUGA